AUGAAGUAAUGUAAGGAUUGGUUAUACGUUCUGAAUGUUAGCUUUGUUUCUCGGGUCAAAACUAAGACAAACAUUGAUCGACUAGGAAUAUCCUGAUAUAGAUGAAACGUGAUAUAAAUGAGUUGAGAUGAUAGAAGUAUCAGCCUGUUUGCCAAGAGGGUCUGUAUACCUAGCUGGUGAAACUGUCAAAAGUCAGAUUACUUUCAGUAACACCUCACAAAAUCCAAGUGAUACAGAUAGUCUAGCCUGGUCUAGUGUACAGAUAAUAUGUCAGUGUUCUGUCAGUGAAUCAAGGGUGCACCUUCCGAAAUCACAACAACUGUCAACAGAAGAAGUGUCAACUACUGGGUGUGACACAUCAUUUGUACCCAAUAAAGGUGAACGUGGACUAACAGUUUUAUCAACAAAGCCCAGGAUAUUGUUCUGUGAUCUAAAGCUUGCCGCUGGAGAAUCAAAGUCAUUUAUAUAUGAAGAUGUGAUACCUGUAGACUCUCCACCUUCCUAUAAAGGCCAGGCAGUGAAGUAUUCUUACAAAGUUACAAUUGGCGCACAGAAAUUUAAUCAGCCAACAAAACUUAUCAGAAUGCCAUUUAGAGUUAUGGUAUUACACGGUUUAAAUGAUAUAAGUGUGUACACAGAGGGAGAAGAGGUAACACCCUCAAAUCCAUUCCUUAAACCUCAGCAGUCCGAGAACUCUCUAUUAGAUAUUGCCAUGCAAGUUUUAUCAACAGUCACAGCAAGAAAAGCACCACAUUCAUAUAAUAUUACAAAUGCCAAAGGAAAAGUAGCCAAGUUUAUAUUAUUCAAACAGGCCUAUAAAUUAGGUGAAGACAUUGUAGGUGUGUUCAACUUCACAGAUGGAACAAUACCAUGUGUCCAGUAUUCUGUAACAUUACAAAGUGAGGAGCAAAUCUCAGAAGAAUGUAGAAAGAAGCCUGGUCAAGGAACAGCUGUGACGUCUUAUGUCAAACAUCAGGAAAUGUGCCUUCAUACAGAUAAAACUCAUGUUAAUAUACCUAUACCACUGACAGCUACUCCAUGCUUCAUAACAGAUAUAGUUUGUUUGAGAUGGAGACUACAUUUUGAGUUUGUGACUUCAAGUGACCCAAUUUCUGAAUCAGAAAGACCAACAAAUAUGGAUGAUUCAGCCAGCUGGAGAGGACCUGCUACUAUUAAUGUAGAAACAAUGGUGUGGGACUUGCCCAUCAAAAUUUAUCCCACAAGUCCAAUACAUGCAUCAUGUGUAACAAUGUUAAAAAGUGGGUCAUGUGUACAAAUAUAAGUUAUAUAUGUAUAGAUUAUGUUUCUUUGUCAAAAGAUUCAUUUAGUAGAAAAUAUUUCACUACAAGCAUUUUGCCAUAAUGUAUUCAGUAAACAAAGAAAUAUGUGCAGUAUGAUAUAAAAAGAACAAAUAUGUGUAUGUGGCUCCAUGUUGAAGACUGUACUUUGACAUAUUAUAAUAUGGUGUACUUUUACAAAGUGUGACUUGAAUGGAGAGUUGUCUCAUAGGCACUCAUACAACAUCUACUUAUAUCUCCUGUGUGAAAAAUGUAAUAUAAAUGUACAGUCAAAUACAUAUCAAUACAUCUUUCAUUUUAGUUUUACAUCUGUGGAAAGGGGACAUGAUUUUGAUGGACACAUGUAUAAAUAUGGUUAAUUUUACUGUCAUUCAAUACACAAUUUUAAAUUUAUGUGGAUGUUUUGUGUUUAAAUACAUAAUACAUGUAAUACAAAUGUAUUUUUUUAGAACAAAAGUUGUAUUCAACUAUGAAAGGUUGUUUUCUACACAUUUUAGACUCUGUAAUUUUAUGUUACUUCAAAAUUUAUUAUUUAAAAAAAACGCUAUACAUAUUUAAGCAAAGCAGCGCUAUAUUUCUCAAUAUUAAUUUUAAAAUUAACACCUCAAAUACCUCAAAGGAGUACAGCAAGAAAACCCAAUAUACAGCCCUGUAUAUGCACAUAUUUUAACUUUUAUUGUUUGAGUAAAUUUUAUGUGCAUGUAUUGCUAAGUCUAUUAUUAUACGACUGCAAAAAUAUUGUAUGAUGUCGUUGUCUCUGUCAUCGUCAGAAGACACAUUUGGUUCCAGACAAAACUUUAGUUUAAAUGAAUGGAUCACUAUGAAAUUUUAUAAAAAGGUUUAAUACCUCAAAAGGAAGGUAGGUAUUGAUUUUGGGGAUGAUGAUCCCUACUGUGUUGGAAUUAGGGGCCCAAAACAAGCCUUUUUCUACUUUCAGGAUAUCAACUUGUGUAUAAGCAUUUCAAUUACUCUGAAAUUGUACCAUCAAUGUUUAAUACCACAGGUAGGAGGUCUGGAUUGAUUUUGGGGUUAUGGUCCCUAAUGUGUAGGAAUUUGGGCAAAAAAGGGGGCCAAAAUAUGCAUUUUUUUUAUUUUUUAGUCAAUAACUUGUGUUUAAGUGUAUAAAUCUCUGAAUAUAUACCACAAGUUUCCAUACUUCAAAGCAAUGGUUAUGGGGUAGGGGUUAUGGUUCAAAUUAUCAAGCAACUAGGGACAAAAAAGGGGGAAAACAAGGGUUUUUCUGUUUACAGACAAUUUAGAAAAUUUAAAAGCAGUGAAGGGAAGGAAAUCCAAUUAAAAUUUAAACAACACUUAUAUGUAUGUUUGAUUACUUGAUUACCUCCCUUACACUGCUUAAAAAUUAUGGUUCAAGAAAUGAUGAUUGUCUUGAAAUGUGUAGCUGUAAAUUUAUUUUUAGAAGUUACUGUUCAUUAAUAUUAAUUUUAACUAUGACUGUAUGUCAUUUUAUAUUUUAAUAUUUUAUGAUGUAUCUAAAUGAAUAGUUAUUGUUGCCAACUCCAUUAGAAAUUUGAAUUUGAAUAUUCUUUUAAUAAGGAAUCGAAGGAGGUGAGAAAAAAAUGUGGGAGGGGGGAAGGGGUAGGAUAGUAAACUUUUUCUCAUUUCAAAUUUCAGAUAUUAAAAAGAUUUUUUCUACAAAUAUUUUGUUUUGAGGGGAUUAUGCAACAGCAUAGUGAAUAGCAAAAAUAUUUAAGUGCAUUAGACCACAUUCAUUCUGUGUUAAAAACAUAUGAUGUGUCAACCACUUAAUCACAAUCCAAAUUCAGAGCUGUAUCAAGCUAGAAUGUUGUGUCAAUAAUUGCCCCAACUGUUCAGGGUUUGACCACUGCAGUCCUAUAAAGCUAUGCCCUGCAGAGCAUCUGGUUUUUAUACUGUAAUAAGGAAAAUUGUAUUUUGGCUUCACAUCUAUAGAUCUAUAAGCCUUAAAUAGAAAAAAAAAAUUUGUCACCUUUUAUUUUACCAUUAUCAUGCUUUGAUUUGUGGAGCCACCUAGGCCUUCACUCAUUGAAAUAUUGGUUAAAAAGUAAAGAAUAUGUUAUAUAAAGAAUAUUUCAACAAAACUUUUUUGUGGUGAAGGAUCAGUGCAACUGAAAUUUUCAGAAAACUGUCAUAAAUUAUGACAAAUUAUGCAAUAAAUAAAAUAAAUAAUGAUAAAAAGGACUACAACAUUUUGUUUAUUGAAUAUUUACAGGGUCUAUGUAUCUGUCAUACAGGAUUUACAUUACCUGAACCUUAUUUCCUGGAUCAGUGAUCAACAUUAAAAAAUAGUAUUUCAAUGUUUUGUAAAGGCAAGCAAAGAGUCAAUUUAUUUGGUGUAAGGUGUUCGUUUCCAUCCUUCAUAGUUCAUUUUGCCUUGACCCAAUUUUUAUCCCAAAUUGUUCAUUUUGCCUUGACCUCAUUUCCAUCCCAAAUAGUUCAUUUUGCUUUACCUCAUUUCCAUCCCAAAUAGUUAAUUUUACCUUGCCCCAUUUCCAUGGUUCAUGGCCAUAUUGUCAAUGUAAGGUUAUCAUUGUUGCAUCCAUAUUUUAGUUGUUAUUAAAUUGUAGGUAUAUUAACUUUAUUUGGUGUAUGGAUUUAUGUUAGAAUCACCUGACCUUGACCUCAGUUUGAUGGUUCAUUGUUCAAUGUUAAGUUUUCAUGGUUAGGUUUGUUUGUUGAGAUUCUAUCAUUUGGUGCAUUGAAUGAUUGUUAAGUGUGCAAGUGUGUCUGGCAGGGUGCAUCUGAUUAUGGCCUUAUUUACAGUGUUCAUUCAAGUUUGGGUGAUACAUGGUAAAAUCUUUCAUCUUAAAAACUCUCCAGAGUUAACAUUUUGCUCCUUUGAAAUGCCUUUAGGUUGCAUUUUGUAAAUACAGCUGUUUCUCAAAACAUGCCUCUUUUGGGGAGAUCUUGAAUAUUCAUAGAAAAUUAAUUUUGUUUACAUACUGGUUCCCAGUUAUGCUCUCUGUGUUCCAUCUCACAGAGACAUAAAUUGGGAAUGUUACCAGUAUGUAAACAUGUGCAUAUUGUUUACAUUAAGAUCUGUGGUAACCUUUCAUUUGAGGUAGGGGUAGUUCAGAAAAUUAGUGUUAGUUUAAACUCUGAGAAGUUCAAUGCAUAUAAAAGUUGAAAAUAUGCCACACAGCCCUAUAUUUUGACCUUUGAAAAAAAUUGUGGUGUGUAUCAUGUAUAUGAGCUUUAAUUCCAGGAUAAGAUUUUUUUCAAAACUUCAUAGUAAAAGUGGUACAGUUUUAGCCGUAAAAGGAGCUCCUAUGGGAAAUUGCAUUGUCAGUAUUUACUGAAAUGCAUCUUUUAAAUUGCAAGUAAUUAUGUUGAUGUAUGAUACUUAUUUUAUUAAAGAAAGUUUCAUUUGUUAGAUUAUUAUUAUUUUUAAUCUAUAAAG